AUCCUGCAGGUUUCUCUAAAAAAAAAUAAAAAAAAGGUUCAUCCUGCAUUAGUCUAUGAAGCCGCUUGAAUUAUUUUAAAACCUUGAGUAUUUAAUAUUAUUCCUCAAAACUUGAUCCAUAAUCAAACGCUUGGGAGUUCCGAAGGUGCAGUUCAAAUUAUCGCUCUCACGGUGGCUGGAAUUCAACUGAAUCGCUUCUUCAUCCUCCACCGUCUGGCGAACGAACGAUCAGCGUUCUCGUUCCGAUGUCUAAAGGCAAAGAGGCUACUAAUCUGUCACGCACCUUCAAAUACCUAUUAGCUACUCAGUUCUUGUCACGAGGGAUUCCAUUUAUAUUCAAUACAUGGAUUGUGAGGCAUCUUACAGAAGAGGACUACGCGCUUUAUGCAGUGCAGUUUCAACUGUUUGUCACAUGCAUUUUAUUUCUUAGCCGGGAGGGCUUUCGACGAGCAUGCUUGCGGAUGGACCUGAAAUGUGAUGGCACUUCAAUGGGAGAUGUUGUGAAGCUAAUGAAAGUAGUGUGGAUGAGUUUCCCACUUGGAAUAUUUAUUACAAUUGUAGUAUGCCUUUUUGUCUUCUGGUGGCAACAAAUAAGUUAUUGUAGUCCACAUGGACAAGCUAUCUUGAUAAAUGGUUUUGCAUGCAUUCUGGAGCUCUUAGCUGAGCCUGCGUAUAUUCUUUCACAGAACUUGGUCUUGCUUGAAUUGCGGCUGAUGGUUGAGACUGUAGCUACUUUGUCGCGGUGCUUGACAAUGUAUUUUCUAAUUGUGAAGCAAAUUGGAAUUGAAAAAUCAAUCAUAUUUGCAUUGUCACAGUCUGCAUAUGGAGCCUGCAUAUUUUUCGGUUACUGGGGCUAUCUUUUGCUUUUCCAAAAAUUUAGGGCUUCAUACCUUUUUCCAUUAAGAGAAGGAAAAGUGAUUGAUUUUGACCAGCAGCUGUCCAAGAUGUGUAUACUGUUUACCUUUCAAUCCUUUCGAAAAUUGAUCCUUCAGGAAGGAGAAAAGAUAGUACUUGUAUGGUUGGAUACACCAUAUAAUCAAGCAGUAUAUGGCCUGGUGGACAAAUUAGGUAGCUUAGUGGUGAGACUUGUCUUUUUACCUUUUGAAGAAAGUUCAUAUGCAACAUUUGCAAGGUCUGCUUCAGGAGAAUAUCCAGGAAAAAGCAAGAAAUUGGGAAACUACUUGACAGAAUCCCUUAAGUUAGUUUUGUUGAUUGGCCUGGUUUUUAUGGCAUUUGGUCCAAGUUAUUCUUAUUCACUCAUUAGAUUGUUAUAUGGUGAAAAAUGGAGUGAUGGAGAAGCAUCAACUGCCCUCCGCUAUUAUUGCUUUUAUGUCAUUGUUUUGGCCAUGAAUGGUACCUCUGAAUCCUUUAUGCAUGCAGUUGCAUCAGAGAGCCAACUCAAGCGUUCAAAUGAUUCACUACUUAUAUUCUCUUUGAUCUAUAUAGUUUUGAAUGUCCUGUUAAUAAGGUUAGCUGGGGCAGUUGGCUUGAUUAUGGCAAAUUCUCUCAAUAUGACCUUGAGGAUUUUAUACUCUGCUACAUUCAUAAAGAGUUACUUCCAGGGAUCUUCCUCAUUUUCUUUCAGUGGAUGCUUGCCGUCAGGAUGGAUAAUUCUAUUUCUUUCGGGCAUAAUCACUUUCAUUUCUGAGAAUGUAUUUCUGGACCGAGAUAAUUUCUGGCCAUCAUUUAUGAUCCAUCUCUCCGUUGGGCUGGGUUGCUUCUGUGUGUCAUCAUAUGUGAUCUAUUGCCGGGAAAAACCUUUCAUCAGAAGAAUUAUUCGCUUUAAUGAUCAUUUGGACUGAAGACUUAGACUUCUGCAAUAUAACUUUGAGUUAGUGGAAGAUGAUGGAUUGCGAGUUAGUUUUCUACAGGCUAUAUCCUAAGCAGCAGAAUAGUGGCAGACAUAACUUCAGUGGUACAAAUUUUGGUACAUGUAUAAUACUACUUUAGCUUUGAUUUUCUAUAAACUACUGACAUAAUGAAUUCAAACUGACAAUUUGUUCUUUGUGGUUUCUGCAAAUGUCUAUUUACUUAAAUUUAAAUUUUUGGUGAAGUUAAGCAGUUUUUAGUGUACCGUAUACAUAACAAAUUUGUAGUGACAUUGUGACGUGAAUAAAGACAGUAAGAUAGUGUUUUCUAUUGUU